AUGUUAGAAAGAAAAAUUCUUCAAGAAUUAAAAGUGGCUGAUUCCAUAGUUAAAAAUAUCACCAUCCAAAUGUUUAAUCGAACAAUUGGAUACGCUGAUAUUUGCGUUAAAGUGCGUAACAAAUGCUUCGAAAACACACUUUUUGAAAUAAUGUCCGAUGCGGAAAACGUGUUAAAUCGUAGAAGGUUCAAAUAUCCCGUAGACAUAGACAACUUAACUUAUUCUUAUCGUUCAUACGUGAUGAAUUUGGGAGGCGUUACAACCGACGUAAAUGAUUACGUCAAAAGUGUCAAAGCCGUCAGACUGUUCUACGUAGUUGACAGAACUGACGAAGAAAAGGCUCCAUUCAUUGAUAAUUGGAUAGCCGAAGUGUAUCGACGAAUACAAAAUUAUAACUUUCAAAAUGUCAAACUAUUAAUAGAUCCAGUUUGGUCUAUUAAAGAAGAUACUAAACUAUUAUUGUACAAUUUAAAAUAUAUGAUAGGAGCGGUAGUAUCGUUUAUUUGUAUUUUCUCGAUGUCUUCAUUCAUGAGUCAGAAUUUGAUAAGAAGCAAACCUUGGAUGGGAGUAGCCAGUGUUUUGUCUCCGGGAAUGUCAAUCGUCACUUCGUUCGGAUUACUGGGAUAUUGCGGAGUAGAAAACACUUACUGUAAUAUUUGUAUACCGUUCUUAGUGCUAGUUACCGAAGUGGACGACGGUUUCGUGAUGAUUGCGAAUUGGAGGAUUACCGAUCCCGAAAAACCUGUAGAAAAGCGAAUGGCAGACACAUUUGCCGCAGCGGGGGUGUCAAUCACCUUAACAAGAGAAGAUUGUCAAAUCAUCCCAGAAAACGAACACGUCUUCAUGAGAAUAAUGAGGGAUAAAUUCGGAGAAUUCAUUAACCGUACACCAACAAAAGCAGUUGUAUUGAUUCUGUAUUUAAUCAACUUAGGAUUUGGAAGUUACGGAGUGUAA